CACCUCCACCCCCCCUUUUCUCAGUCGACUUUCUCCUCUCGGGCAAUCAAUGGAUUUACUCUGAUUUUCAAGAGCGCCGGGAACCGUCUCGACUGUUGCUGCUGUUAUAAACAACGGGGGAAAAGAAAGAGAGAGAGAGGGAGGGAAUAAAAAACAAAAACAGGAAGGGGUGAUGUUUGCUCUGCACAGGGUCCGUCAAUUCCGCGUCUUGUCCGCGCUGGUCGUCGGUUCGAUUGUGUGCUGCGCGAAGAGAGUCAAUGAACCGGGCAACAUGUCUUUCGUGAAGGAGACGGUGGACAAACUACUGAAGGGAUACGACAUCAGACUGAGGCCGGACUUUGGAGGGGCCCCUGUUGCAGUCGGGAUGAGCAUAGACGUGGCCAGCAUAGACAUGGUGUCAGAAGUCAACAUGGACUACACGUUGACCAUGUAUUUCCAACAGUACUGGAGGGACAAGCGUCUGGCCUACAUAGGAAUCCCCCUCAACUUGACCCUGGACAACAGGGUCGCCGACCAGCUCUGGGUCCCCGACACCUACUUCCUCAAUGACAAGAAGUCGUUCGUCCACGGAGUCACCGUCAAAAACCGCAUGAUCCGCCUGCAUCCUGAUGGAACCGUUCUCUACGGCCUCAGGAUAACUACAACAGCAGCAUGCAUGAUGGAUCUCAGGAGGUAUCCCCUGGACGAACAGAACUGCACUCUGGAGAUAGAGAGCUAUGGCUACACCACAGACGACAUCGAGUUCUACUGGAAAGGAGGCGAGUCGGCUGUAACGGGGGUGACGCGGAUCGAGUUGCCUCAGUUCUCCAUAGUCGAUUACAAGCUGGUGUCCAGAAACGUAGUCUUUUCCACAGGUGCCUACCCUCGACUGUCUCUGAGCUUCAAGCUAAAGAGGAACAUCGGCUACUUCAUCCUGCAGACAUACAUGCCAUCGAUCCUGAUUACCAUCCUCUCCUGGGUCUCCUUCUGGAUAAACUAUGACGCGUCGGCGGCCAGAGUGGCUCUAGGGAUCACCACGGUGCUGACCAUGACCACGAUCAACACCCACUUGAGGGAGACGCUGCCCAAGAUCCCGUACGUCAAGGCCAUCGACAUGUACCUGAUGGGCUGCUUCGUCAUGGUCUUCCUGGCCCUGCUGGAGUACGCCUUCGUCAACUACAUCUUCUUCGGGAGGGGUCCUCAGAUGCAAAAGAAGCUGGCAGAGAAGGCGGAGAAGGUCAACAACGAGAGGGCGGCCAAAUACGACGCCGCGAGGGAGGCAGGUAGUAGGACCGCGUCCCUAAAGCGGUCCAAUCAGGUUAGAGGUCUUCGCCACUCACGCUCGGCGGAACCGCACGGCCACGGGAACAUCCUGCUGACCACCCUGGAGAUCCACAACGAGGUGGGGGGAGGCGAGAUCACCACCAGCUUGGCGGACAUUAGGAACUCUCAGUCCAUGGUGCAGUUGGACAGCACGGCCUCGUCGCACAUCCAGUACCGCAAGCAGAGCGGCGGGAUCGGCCCGCGCUCCACCAGCCGGCACUCCCUGGACCGGUCCGCCCAGAUGAAGCGCAGCCGCCUGCGGAGGCGGUCCUCGCAGCUCAAAAUCAAAAUCCCCGACCUGACGGAUGUGAACGCCAUUGACCGCUGGUCACGGAUCAUCUUCCCCUCCGUGUUCUCACUGUUCAACCUCAUCUACUGGCUCUACUAUGUCUGAUUGGACUGUUUUGUUGAGAUGUUUGUUGUUGUUUGUUUGAUUUUUUUUCUUCUUCUUCUUUUCUUCCUUUUUUUUGGUUGCUUUUAUAUAUAGAAUCUGUUAAAGACUGCAACACUUUGAGACGGGAAAAAAAAAACAGACUGAGAAAAGACUACUGAGUUUUGGACCAAGUUCUUGUCAAAAUUGUUUUUAUAUUUGCAGUCUUUGAAUCCUUAGUACCAAUGUCUUUUUAUUUUCUAAAGUAUGUACUGUAAUUGGGACUUGUGACAGUCAUUUCCCAACAUUUGCCCUCUCAGUAAUGUGUAAAUAGAGAGAGACACGAAAGCCAGCAAUUGAAUAAGUAAAUAAGUAUUUGCAAAAAAAAAAAAAACGACACAAAACGCAAUGAUUUUUCUAAUCAAAAAAAAUAAUUAAGAAACCUUUCUACAACACAACAGGUGGUCAGAUAAAUGCAGGCAAUUCCUAAAAGUCCAUGAAACAAACUAAUGUAUGUUUGACUGGUAUCCUAUGCACUAUUAAUGCAUGUAAUGAUCAACCAUAAUGGAAAGACAAUGACUUCUCUUUUGCCUUGGAUUAUGUCACAACUUUACAGAAGACUCUGUCGAUGUGUCGCAUUGAUAAUAUACAGAAUACUUGCUAUUAACCAUGUCAUGCAUUGAUCUGGUGAACGUUUACCCAAACACAAUCAUUUUAAAGUUGAGGACUUUCUCCUCUGUUCAGGAUGACUGAGACUCAGGUUCUGAAUCUUUUGCUAUUUGAAAACUAGUUCUCGACAAAGAAAAGUGUCGCUGAAAUAUUCAUUUUUUUUGGUAAUUUGAUAAGGAAAAAAAAGAAAGCACAAAUAUGAAUAAAACUGCCAUUUCUUCAGCUUCAAGUGAUAGCAUGACAGAAUUGCACUCAAAUUUAUCAAACUUCCUCUAAAAGAAACAAACUGUCUUAUUUAAUUUAAAACAACUGCCAAGGGCCUUUUUGGGCGACAUGGUUACUCAAUCCAUGAAAUAUUAUGAUAUUUUUGUACUCUGUGUGUCUUCAGGUAUUCAUUUGAUUUUCCUAACCCGUGUUUUUUUUUUUUUUUUUUGCUCAACACUAUCUCUGUUGUGGUGAUAGAGUGGAGGAAUGAAACCCAUUUUUUGUACAUAAGUACAUAGGUGUGUACAUACAUAAAUGUAUAUAUACACAUAUAUAUAUAUAUAUAUACUGUGUGUGCAACCCCAAAUGAAAAUGAUCGAAGCAUUUUGUGAUUGUCAUACUGGCUAUUAAUUGCCAGAAUAUUUAGUGCAAAAAAAGUAAAAAAAAAACAAAAACAAAUUAACAGGUCAGUUACAAGCAUCGGUUUAGUUUUUGAGCAUUUAUGGGGCACUCCGAAUAUCUUCUCAAACAUAUCUUCUCAAACAUCCGACCAUGUUGGAAUCCACUCCAGACACUGUGCGUAUGUUCACCCUGCGUUUGUUAGUUACCCUACGACUCGCCAUGCAGCAGCGAACGCAAAAUGGGUUUUCAUCGAUUUCCGCUCUGUCUGAUUAAUAAGCACACACGAGCGCUGAAUGUACCAGAUCCAAUCUUCAGGGAGAGGAUAAUGAGCCAUGGUCAUCAUUUCCCCAUCAGAAUGUAACACGCCCAUUCUUACGAGGAAAAGGGAGGGGGAGAGAGGGAGGCGACGAUGUUUUAAGAGCGUGUGCACGUGCAUGUGUGUGUGUGUGUGUGUGAGAGAGAUGUGGAUAAGGAGAGCUGGAGAUAGGACGGGCGUGGGCAGACCAUUUAUUUUCUGUGCUGCUUGCUGGACCAUGGACAAAUGUCAACGUGUAAUAGUUGUGUGGAUAAAAAUAGCUCUCCUUGUCCCACUCUUGAUAAACUGUGCCAUUCCACCUUAAGGUCGCAGAGCAAUCAAGCAGUUACUACUCAUGGACGAUGGCGUUAAUUUGUCACGGAUACAUGACGUACUGUGCAUGUACAAGAAUACAUGUUAUGCUACUCGGUAACAUUGAGUUCAAAGUUGGGAUCAAUUUAACAAAGAAAAAAGUAAAGUUUUAUGUAUACAGACCGAUUGAUAUGUGACUAAGAACUGAAUGUAUUGUACUUGGAUUGUUGCCGCACAAAUGCAAUUUUCUGUCUGGAACCAGGAUUGACCUCAACCCCGUUUAAUUAGGGCUCUAGUUGAUUCCACAUACAAGUUUCUUGUCCUGUUUUCUACUGUGUAGACGGGGCGCAGUGCACAUUAUGACCCGGGUCCAAAGCUCCAUUUGUAGAUGAAACAAUAUCGCGUAUGAUAAGCCAAAACAUCUUACGAAAGGUGUGUUCAGAAGAAAUUCCUUUUCACCUUGCGUCAUUUGUUUUAAUUUGUUGUUUUUUUCCCGCCCCGGACAGCAAUGUACCAACUGUACGUUAGCGGCACAUUAGCUAGCAACGGACUCACCGGUUCUUUCUGUUACUUCCCUCUCUGUACGUUUUUAUGAAGUGGAUUCAUAAAACCAUGGGAUGAGCGUAAUGUUUUUCCUGGAAGUCAAGACAUUUCCAUCUCGUACGGAUGCGUUUUUCGCGUUGCGUCGCUCCGUACAUUUUUUUUGUAUGCAAUCGCGCCGCCAGCUAAGAGUCGCUCGGCGUUCUGUCCGAACACACAGUGAGAGAAGAUGUCCGGACUUAAAGCACAAAGCGUUGUUUCGUGAUCUCACGCGUUCAAGGUUGUUCAGGCAUUGAAACCAGUUUGUCCAAAGACGUUUCAAGCUGCUUCGCGUAGUUUCGAAAGGAGGAAAUUCGUACGAAAUAAAUCUCCAAAAAAAAAUUUGUGAAGCUUCGGUGUUGUGUAAAUAAGAUAUAAUGAGGCAGAUUUCUGGAACACUAAAGCUAGAAGAAAAUAACUUUUUUACUUCCUGGCUGAGUGGUUCACUUUGAUUUAAACGAUUACCUUCGGGUACGUUUUUGCAGUUUUGAGUCAUUAUUUGAAGUACCGGACUACGUAGUGCAGUCGAAAAGCGAAUGAGACAGAAACUCGGUACUUGUUUAUCAUGCAUGCGACUACAAUUCGUAACUUGGGUAGAUCAAAAAAAGAAUAAAAAAGAGAGAGAGAUAUUUUGCAAAAACUCACUCGCGGGAACUGCCAACUGCUCAUUUUAGAGAUGACAAUAUGCCAUGUGAGCCUAAAAUAAAAAGAAAAAAAAGUUUAAAAAUAAUAAAUGAAAAAAAAAAAAGUCAUCAAAGACUUCAGGUGUUGUAUGGCCUUGGUCCCAUAAUGGAAUGUGAAAUGUUCUGUGCUGCCACAAAAUGUAUUUAGGCUUAGAUUUAUACUGUAUAUCUAUGUAUGUUUCUCUUCCUUUUACAGUAGGUUAUCAUGUUAAACCAUCGAAUAAAUUAUAUACAUUGUACCUGUGUAUUUGGUAUUGCGAGCAUGCAUGACACCCCGUGAAGAAUCUGCAUAUACUGUACAUGUAGAGCACGCUCAUGCAAUGAACGGCCAUUUCGCACAUACAAUAGAACUUUGAUAAAAUGUCGCCUGUACGUAUCCCAACACUUCUUGGGAGUGUCUCCUCUUCAACUAUCCAGGUGCCCUUGAGCAAGGCACUUAACCCCCACCUGUUCCCGUGCAACUACACAGUAACAGUUGAAGACGUUUCAUUGCAACUCCCAGCUGGACAUCUUUUGUGUAUGAAGUGAACUUUAUGAAUGUGUGCCAGAGUGUUGGUGAAUACGAGUACAGUAGUUCCCUGCAUAAAUAAAGAUUAAAAAACAAAACAA